AUGCUAUGGUUGUUUCGAUUUCUUCUGGUGUCUCCGGUCAUUUGCAUGGACCCAAUGAUACAGGAUCUGGUGACCCCGUUGAGGUAUAUGGGGGAAGCAUGUGGAUAUGAGAGCUGUCCCUUAACAAAACCUGAUACGCUUAACGUACACAUUGUACCUCAUACGCACGCAGAACUCGGAUAUACGAAGACGUUCCACCAACAUUACACCGGACACGAUGACUAUUUCGACCAGAGUCAAAUAAAUAUGAAGAGGAUUCUGGACUACACAAUAACAGAGUUGUGGUCCAAAGAACGUAGAAAGUUUACGUUAUCUGAUACGCCGUAUUUCUUCCACUGGUGGUCGCAGAGAGAUGAUACUGUUCGCCGCAUGGUUUACGAGUUGCUCCGUCAGGGCCGACUGUACUUCGUUGGCGGGGGGUGGAGUAUGAGUGAUGAAGCGACUACCAGCUACCACGCAAUCAUCGACCACUUCACCUACACCCUAAGGAAAAUAAAUAAAACCUUUCUGAACUGCGGCCGGCCCUUAGUUACGUGGCAAGCGGAUGCUUUCGGGCACUCUCGGGAGUUUGCUUCCCUGAUGGCACAGAUGGGGUUUGACGGCCAUUUUGUGAAUCCGAUCAGCUACGACGAUGAACUGGCGAGGAUGAGGAGAAACGCCUUAGAGUUUGUUUGGAGGGGAAGUGAUGAUUUGGGUGUUGAAUCUGACAUAUACACACACAAGCUGUUCGACGGCUACUGGUCCCCGCCUGGCUUCUGUUUUGGCAGCACCUGUCACGACCCACUCAUCGUGACUUCAGAUAGUGUAUUUAAAAACGUCGAUGAAAGGGUGAAUGCGUUCUUCAAGAGUGCUCUUCACCGACAAGCUCCGUAUUACACCACCAACAAUAUCAUGGUAGUGAUGGGUCAACGGCUUGGAUACUUCGAUGCAAGCGUCUGGUUCAACAAUAUUGACAAACUCAUAGAUCAUGUGAACAAUGCUACUGUGAAUGGCACGAGAUUGAACGUGUUCUACUCGACGCCAGCCUGCUAUAUGAAAGCUGUACACGAUGCCUAUCCCCAACUGUCGACGAAGCAAGACGACUUCUUACCUUAUGCCUACGAUUCAGCUACAUAUACAACUGGGUUCUAUACCUCACGACCCAACAUCAAGUAUAUGGCCAGAGAAGGGCAUUUAUACCUGCAGAUGGCAAAACAAUUGCAAGUGACAGCACAGCUGGGUAAUAAUGACCAGUUUUUUGAACAAUACAACUGGAUAAAUGGAGUAUUUCAAGAUCAUAACAUAAUAUCUGGAGCAAUGCGUCAGCAUGUUAAAGAUUACUACACUGAGAAAAUGUACAUUGGCACCCAGCAAGCUAUAAGUGUGAUCAGACAGGCUUUCAACAAACUGCGAGACAGUCCGAAGGAAACUGUAUACUACAGAUGUUCAUUCAACAUUUCGUGUUGCCUGAGCACACACGGAGAACACUUCUUUGUAGUUAUAUACAAUCCCCUGGCGUGGCCUGUCACUGUACCUGUACGAUUGCCAACAUACAGAAGUGACUAUGUAGUCUAUAGACCAGACGGGCAGAAAAUUCGUUGUGCCCUAAUACCUAUACCGGAACCGGUUUGUCAAAUACCAUACCGAAAAUCCAGAGGCCGUUACGAACUGGUAUUCAUAGCUGAUGAUGUACCACCUAUGGGGUACCGUUCGUACUACAUAAGAGACCGCAAACUAGGCUGGAUUAGAAAUAAACGAUCCAUCAUCAAGAAAAUAAACAGAAAUAAUAAGAAAUAUUACGUUAGACAGACGAACUCAUUCAAUUACGAUGAUAACGAACCUAUGAAUGCGUUUGAACAUGUUUCUGAACUUAAUAAUGAUAAUGAUUAUGAAUAUUUUGAUGAAAGUAAAGUUAACGAUACCAAAGAUGAGAGUAAUAAUGAAACUGAUAGUAUUGUACCAAAAAUAGGAUUAAAUGAUGUUAAUGAUUCAAAUCGUUUAACAACAGUCGCGAGUGCAAAUUCUGAGGCAGUAAGUGAAGGUAUUAAUGAUAUUAAUAAAGUUGUAAAUUUUGAUUCUAAAAUUAACACAGCAAAUAUUAAAACUAAUGAUAAAAUGAGUGUAACUACAGAUAACACAAUAAUAAAUGUUACUAUGAAUAAAGAAAGAACAGUAACGAAUACAUCAGUUGAUGAAUUUAUAACAACAAAUAUGAAUAAAGAAGAUAACAUUACGACAUCUCGUGAUGAAUAUAAGGUUAAUAAAGAAAAAGCGAAUAAGAAAUUUGAAGCGACAACAAAACCUGAUGAAGAAUUUGAGGAUCCAAAAGAAGAAAUUUGGAGAGGAUCCCAAUAUGUGGAAGUGACAGAUCAUUUUAUAAGGAACAGAUUUAUAAAAGUUAAUAUAAACGAUAAAGGCAAAAUCAAACUAGUGGAAUUAAUAAAUGGAAUAAACAUAUCUCUGAAUAUAGAAUUCCUUUUCUACGCAUCAGAUGACCCUGACAAAAUGGGUACCACUAAUAAAAGACCAGGUGCUUACGUGUUCAGAGCUAUGGACCCUAAACCAGAGGUUAUAUCUGACUAUUACGAUAUGAGAGCCUACAAGAAUGGUCUACUGCAAGAAUUACACGCUCAAUUUGCAGAUUAUGCCUCAUUCGCUUUAAGACUCUAUCGUCGGACACCGUAUAUCGAAUUGGAAUGGUUGAUUGGUCCUAUACCAUGCAAAGAUAAUAUUGGUAAAGAUGUGUUCAUAAGAUAUUCAACAGAUUUGGACAAUAAAGGUGUGUUCUAUACAGACUCUAAUGGGAGACAAACUCUUAAGAGGAUAAGGAAUAGCAGAGCAUCCUUCGAGUUGGGAAACCAGGAUCCUGUGGCUGGAAACUUCUAUCCGGUGACUUCGAAGAUCUACAUAGAAGAUCUGAAGAGGAACAUUCGAUUUUCAGUCUUCAACGACAGAGCACAAGGUGGAAGUUCCUUGAGCGAUGGCCAAAUAGAUCUAAUGCUGAACCGUCAACUAUUCACAGACGACGCUGGCAUCCAGGCUUUUGUAAACGAAACCGAAAAUGGCCGGGGUCUAAUUGUAAGAGGCAAACAUUAUUUAUAUAUAACAAAAGCUAAUAACAAUAGAAUUUUCGAGAAGAAAUUCUCCAAAGAGAUCGAAUUAAAACCAACGGUUUUUGUCUCAAAGAAAUCUGUUUACGGCAUAAACACGAAACGAAUGUGGUAUAAGCAGAACAAUGAAUUCAGUGCUAUAAAAACGAAAUUGCCUCUAGGAGUCCACAUCUUAACGUUAGAGAAAUGGAAUGGAGGUACCAUUUUGUUGAGAUUGGAGAACUAUCUGGAGAAAUCUGACGUUAGAAACGGUGUUAAAGAAGUUUUGCUCAAAAAUCUUUUUGAGGUUAUAAAAAUUUUGGGCGUGAACGAGACGACUUUAGGCGGGAAUGUGUGGCUGAAAGACUGGGUUCCAUUGCAGUGGGAUAAAAAAGAAAAGUUUGUGAAAAACUUUAACGAAGCUUACGGUGCCCAAGACAUAAGUUUUAGUGAGGAUGAAGACUUGAAGCCAAUGGAUAAUGUAAACUUAGAUAAACCGAUAAUACUAAGUCCCCAGCAAAUCAGAACAUUUGUAUUAACUUACGAAUAUAUCAAAGAAGCAGUUUAAAUGUUAACUAAUAUAAGAAAUAGAAAUAGAAAUAAUCUUUAUACAAAUAAACUCAUUACAAGCACUUUUGAAUAGUCAUAUUUUGAUUCUACCACUCAUUCGGAAUGCAGAUUCAUCA